GGGCUGACGUUUGAGGAGGUGGAGAGCUUCUUCACAUUUCUGAAGAACAUAAACGACGUGGACACGGCUUUGAGCUUUUACCACAUGGCUGGAGCUUCGCUCGAUAAAGUGACCAUGCAGCAAGUGGCCAGGACGGUGGCCAAGGUGGAGCUCUCCGACCACGUGUGCGACGUGGUCUUCGCGCUCUUCGACUGCGAUGGGAACGGCGAGCUGAGCAACAAGGAGUUUGUUGCCAUCAUGAAGCAGCGCCUUAUGAGAGGCUUGGAGAAGCCAAAGGACAUGGGCUUCACGCGGCUGAUGCGGGCGAUGUGGAAAUGCGCCCAGGAGACGGCGUGGGACUUCACCAUGCCCAAGCAGUAG